AUGAAUUAUGCACCUUUUAGAAAUAUAAAUUUACAUUGUUAUAGAAAUGGAAAUGGCAAGAAAUCCUACAAAAGGAUGUUGAACAUUAGCUCAAUCGAAAGCAUCCAUAACAUUAGAGACGUUAGAAAUAUAAGCAAAUAUGGUUACGUUACAUCCAUAACAAGGUUAACUAAGAAUACCAGUGCUCCAAUUUGUAAGAAGUGCAACUAUGUUAGUAACACCUGCUGCAGUGGCAAGUACUCAAUUGUGGGGGUCUCACUCGUAAGGUACGUACCCAUUUCCACGACUAGUAAUAACAACGGUAGUAGUAGCAGUAGAAGUGUUGAGAAAAAGAGGGCCCCCGACCAAAGCGUCGAAGAUAAAGAAGGAAGCUCUAAUAACUUGAGCGCUAUUAUUAACGUCAGUGAAAAAAGGGAACCAAAUAAUAGUAACAGCAGUAAUAUAAAUGCAAAUACAGAGGCUAACACUGCUUACUCAAAUAAAGAGGCUAAGGGGGAAAAUAAUUUUAUCUUUGAGGAGGGAAAAAAGAAGCGUUCUAAAAUGAAAAUAAUAGGAUAUGUCCUCACCACUCUUGCCUGUUCAUAUAUAAUUUAUAAAGUGUACAAAAACGAUAUGAAUUUAUCCAAAGCAGAAGAGAGUAUAAUAAAAGAUUUGGUUAAUUUGAUCUAUACAUAUGAAGAAAAAAUGAGUAUUCAGAAUUCUAAAUUUGUUACUUGUUUGAGUGAAAAUUUAAACAAGCAAAUUGCCAUGUAUUUCCUUCAGUUAGAUGCAGAUAAGAAUUCGGGUUUUCUUAUUAAUGAUGCUGUUAAUUUUUUGUCAGAGUUAAAUAUAAGGGAGGACAAUACAAUUGUAAAAAAUUUUAUUAAAAAUGGAAAUGGCAAAACAACGGAAUUAAAAAAACUAUCAGGAUGUUCAUUACAACAAUUUGCAGAAUUAAUAGAAAAUUUAAUAUUAGUAAAUAAAACAAAAAAUGAAAAUGACCAGGGGAACGAUAAAUCAUAUACUCUGCAAAAGAACGGAAGUUUUUACAUUAACAUUUUACAACAAUAUUUAAAUAUAUUUGUUAAUUUUUAUAGAACAACAAAUUUAUAUUUGUUUUUUCAAAUGAAAAAAAAUAAUUCUUCACAUAAUGAAGAAAAGUUAGAUAAUUUGGAAAUUCAAAUAUUGGACAAACUAGUCAAAUAUAAUGAAAAAUAUGUGGACAAAAAAAAUUUAUCUCUAGAUUAUUUAUUAAGUAAAGAGGAGCUGAAUAAUCUUAGAAAAAAUAAUAUAUCAAAAAGAAAAGAUGAAGAAAAAGAAUUAUUAUUAAUUGAAAAAAAAAAACUUGAAGAAAAAAUACAGCUACUUCUUCACGUACAGUUAAAAAAAAAUCUAACAGAAACGGAAAUUAAAAGGUUACAUGAUUUGAAGACCAAGUUACGAAAUAUUAAAUACACUAUAAAGAAGGAGGAACUGAAGAGGUAUUUUUGCUGA